CGAUAUCGCUUCUGCCCCUAACGGAUUCAGGCCGAGCGAAGCCCUUCGUUUGUAGAGAAGUUUAAGGUGAAGGAGGGGAACGGCUCUCUGCAAAAUAUGUUUAUAGAGAAGUUUAAGGUGGAGAGCCCCAACGUGCGGUACGCGGAGGACGAGAUCGAGGCGGUGUACCACUACGAGACCACGGAGCUGGUGCACGAGAGCCGGGAUGGGGCCUACCACUGGAUCGUCAAGCCCAAGACCGUCCGAUACAACUUCAAGACACACACCCGCGUCCCCAAGCUCGGUGUGAUGCUCGUGGGAUGGGGCGGGAACAACGGAUCCACCCUCACCGCCGGAGUUAUUGCCAACAGAGAGGGGAUCUCUUGGGCAACCAAGGACAAAGUGCAGCAGGCCAACUAUUUUGGAUCCCUGACUCAGGCCUCCACCAUCAGGGUUGGCUCCUUCAAUGGCGAGGAGAUCUAUGCCCCCUUCAAAAGCCUGCUUCCUAUGGUUAAUCCAGAUGAUAUAGUGUUUGGGGGAUGGGAUAUAAGCAACAUGAACCUGGCAGACGCCAUGGCCAGGGCCAUGGUUCUGGAUAUAGACCUCCAGAAACAGCUCAGGCCAUACAUGGAGUCCAUGGUGCCCUUGCCUGGGAUAUUCGACCCUGACUUUGUUGCCGCAAAUCAGAGUGGCCGUGCCAACAGUGUGAUCAAAGGCACCAAGAAGGAGCAGGUCCAACAGAUCAUCAAGGACAUAAGGGAGUUUAAGGAGAAGACCAAGACGGAUAAGGUCGUUGUGCUGUGGACUGCAAACACUGAAAGGUACAGCGAUGUAAUUGUGGGGCUCAAUGAUACUAUGGAGAAUCUCAUGGCUUCACUGGAGAAGAAUGAAACUGAGAUAUCUCCAUCUACAUUGUAUGGGAUAGCUUGUGUGCUGGAGAAUGUCCCUUUUAUCAAUGGGAGCCCUCAAAACACCUUUGUGCCGGGGCUCAUUGAAAUGGCUAUUCAAAGGAACACUCUUAUAGGUGGAGAUGACUUCAAGAGCGGGCAGACCAAAAUGAAGUCUGUCUUGGUUGAUUUUCUGGUGGGAGCAGGAAUCAAGCCAACCUCCAUUGUUAGCUACAACCAUCUAGGAAACAAUGAUGGGAUGAACCUCUCUGCACCACAAACUUUCCGAUCCAAGGAGAUCUCGAAGAGCAAUGUUGUUGAUGACAUGGUCUCGAGUAAUGGUAUCCUCUAUGAGACUGGGGAGCAUCCUGACCAUGUCAUUGUCAUCAAGUAUGUGCCAUAUGUUGGGGACAGUAAGAGGGCUAUGGAUGAAUACACAUCAGAGAUAUUUAUGGGGGGAAAGAGCACCAUCGUUCUUCACAACACUUGCGAGGACUCCCUAUUGGCUGCACCCAUCAUAUUGGACUUAGUUUUGCUGGCUGAGUUGAGCUCUAGAAUUCAGCUUAAAUUUGAUGGGGAGGACAAGUUCCAUUCCUUCCAUCCAGUCUCUGCAAUCCUGAGUUACCUCACCAAAGCUCCACUUGUUCCUCCAGGCACGCCAGUGGUGAAUGCUCUCUCCAAGCAGAGAGCCAUGCUGGAGAACAUUCUCAGGGCUUGCAUCGGCUUGGCUCCCGAGAACAACAUGAACCUCGAGUACAAGUGAAAUCUGCUAGGAGAGAGGAAGGAUAGGUGGGUCUGCUUUGGCUUAUAUCGACCCUUCACCUUGUUGCUUGUAGUGACAGUUUACGUAUUUCCACUUUUCGAUAUGCUGAUGAGAUUCUAUUUAAGCUGAAUGAAUGGUUUCUCUCAUUA